AUGCGGCUGCUGCGCGCUGGGCGGCCCGGGCCGGCGAGCGGCGGGGCGCGCGAGCUCGCGCUGCUGCUGACCCCGGAGCCGGGGCCCGAGGCGAAGGAGGUGGAGGAGAACAUCGAGGAGAUGCUCCUCAGGCUGGAAGAGUUUUGCAGCCUGACUGACAUGAUCAGGAGCGACACUUCACAGAUCCUGGAGGAAAACAUCCCGCUCCUUAAGGCCAAGCUGACGGAAAUGCGUGGCAUCUACGCCCAGGUGGACCGGCUGGAGGCCUUUGUGGAGAUGGUCCGGCACCACGUCUCCUUCCUGGAAGCCCACGUGCUGCAGGCCGAGCGGGACCACGGGGCCUUCUCGCAGGCCCUGCGGAGGUGGCUGGGUUCCUCUGCGCUCCCCUCCCUCAGGAACAAACCGUCUACACCAGCACGCCCCACAUUCGAGCUGCCCACCUUGUACAGGACCGAGGACUACUUCCCCGUGGACGCCGGCGAGGCGCGCCCCGAACGCCUGCCCGCCAAGGCUCCGGCCUGUGAGCUCCGGGCUGCUGCAGGGGGCCUGGAAAGCAGAACUCCGUGGACAAGGCAGCUUGGGCUUUUCCAUUUUUUUGGGCUUCGCAUGAGACCACGGGGAUGGAGCAGUUGAACCCACACGUGGGAACUGGAGGGGGCUCCUGCGCCGCGGGCUCCCCGCUGUGUCUGGGGUCAGGUGGUCUGGGGCCUCAGAUCGCCCUUGCUCUCUGUGAAGGGCUUUGCUGGAAUCCUGGGGGUCACUCAGUGCCACCCAGUGGCAGGGCCCAGGCCCCUUGGCAUCAAUUGGGCUGUGGACCCCAGGGCCUGCUGCCCUGCCAGCCCCCCUAAUAAAGGUGUCGAGAGGUGGCCCGUUGUCUGCG